GUCAUGGCCAGAACCAAGCAGACUGCCCGUAAAUCCAGCGAAGGUAAAGCUCCCAGGAAGCAGCUCGCUACUAAAGUUGCCUGGAAGAGCGCCCUGACCACCGUCGGAGUGAAGAAGCCUCACCGCUACAGGCCUGGGACCGUGGCUCUGAGAGAGAUCAGGCUCUACCAGAAGUCCACUGAGCUGCUGAUCAAGAAGCUGCCCUUCCAGCGCCUGGUCCGCGAGAUCGCUCAGGACUUCAAGACCGACCUGGGCUUCCAGAGCUCAGCCAUCAUGGCUCUGCUGGAGGCCAGCGUGGCUUACCUGGUGGGUCUGUUCGAGGACACCAACCUGUGCACCAUCCAUGCCAAGAGGGUCACCAUCAUGCCUAAAGACAUCCAGCUGGCCCGCAGGAUCCAUGGGGAGAGGCCUUAAACUGACCCAGCUGGUCACGAUACCACAAGACAAGACUUUCUGGUCCCAAGUUGGCUGCUCUACCUCCACCCAAUCUCAGCCCCCAAUAAGACAUG